ACCAUGGACGCGCCCUGGCAAGCGCGCUCCUGUUCCGACCGGUAUAUAACUGAAGCGCCAGAUUCGGUUAAAGCUCUACGCGAGACAGGCGUUAGGCGCGUGCCACUCCCGAGUUCAUCGAAUAAGUGACUAUCUAGGAGUAAAGAUGUACAGAUCUACAAGAUCCCCAAUGAUGCAAUCUAUGGUUAACUCGGGAAUGGGCAUGGCCCCUUUCUUCAAGGUGACAGUUUUCGAGCAGGAGCACUUCCAGGGAAAGUGCCAGGAGUUCACCUCUGAGUGCUGCAACAUCCAGGAGUGUGGCCUGGACAACAUCCGCUCCAUCAGAGUGGAGAGUGGAGCCUGGGUGGGCUUUGAGCACCAUGACUUCCAGGGCCAGCAGUUCAUCCUGGAGAGGGGAGAGUACCCUCACUGGGACUCCUACAGCGGCUCCCUGUCCUACCACGUGGAGCGCCUCAUGUCCCUGCGCCCCAUCUACUGUGCCUCCCACCAGAGCAGCCGUAUGAUGAUCUUUGAGAAGGAGAACUUCAUGGGCCGCAGCGUGGAGCUGUGUGACGACUACCCCUCCCUGCAGGCCAUGGGCUGGUGCAUGCCCGAAGUGGGCUCCAUGCACGUGCAGUGUGGCGCCUUUGUGUGCUACCAGUACCCUGGAUACAGGGGCCAGCAGUACAUCAUGGAGUGUGAGAGGCACAGCGGAGACUACCAGCACUGGAAGAACUGGGGCUCUCACUGCCAGACCCCCCAGAUCCAGUCCAUCCGUCGUAUCCAGCACUAAGAGGGGGCCAGGUUGAGGACAGCAACCCCCCCAACCCCCUUCCCCCUUCCCGACCCCCUAGUACUGCCCUCUCUCCCCGUCUCCCCUGACCAGGACAGCAUGGGCAGACCCAUUGACACACAGAGCCACUCCACGGUACGAUGAGACAAUGUCGCACUGUAAAAGCACAGGCCCACACACGACAUAUAGUAGAUGUACUGAUACUAAGAUAACACACAGUGUCUUUUUAUCUGGUUCGAGCAGCCACACACACACACACACCUGCGCUGAACCACCCGAACCCCACCCCCCCCUUAGGCUCCACAGGGAGGAUACCCACAACCCCCCUGAGGUGCUGGAACCAAUCGGAGCGGAGGUCGUCAGACGCAGGUCUCGACAUGGCUGCCGCCCCCCUCGGUCCAGUGCAGCGAAGGGAAGAUGGCCGCCGCCGUGGUCCAGCUCUGAUGUGUUCAUGUGUGUGUAGGAGGUUUGAACCACUGGUUGACAAAUAAACUCAUGGUCACUUCAGUCAA